CGGACCUGGGAUCGCGAACAGCAAGCAGCACUGUGAGUACUAUUUUCUUCUCAUCUACUCGCAUUUGGAUUAGUAUGUCGUAGUCUUUGCACAUGGAGAGAGUCGAUCAUGGCACUCAACGUGUAGACUUAUGACUAGUACCAGUAUAAUUCCAUAAAAAUUUGUUUCAUCAUUGUCAAGCAGUGAUCUUCUUCCCCGUUGGUACUUGCUUCCAAGAACUGCGUCAUAUUUUGAUUUCUUUUUCACAGCAAAAGCGUUUGUGACGGACUCGCAACUCCCGCAGCAAACAAGCAAGGCCGGGCCAAGAAGUGGCAACUCACAGAGAAUAACUUCCGACAACGGGACUGCAAUGGGGGAAGACCGUCAAUCUGUAGCUGGGAAAACGAUCGAGGGGGCCACGUCUGCAAAUGGGAUGGCAGCAACCCAGACCGGGGCUGCAGCUGGGUGUGGAAAAGAAACAGCUAGACC